AUAUCCGGCUGCACGCAUUUUGUUUCCGGGUACGUCUGCGAGUUGGUGUGACAACCAAGACACCGUAGACUCUUCCUAAGACCUUGCAAGAUCUAAGACGAUCUAAAUUGCCCUCGGCAAUGACUACCUGGUCGCCACCAGGCGACCGGCGACGGUCUUCGGCGUCUUCGCCCUGGAAGGCCGCCAACAAUCUCAACCAAGACCUACCAAAAUAUCACGAGGGGUUCUUGGAGAAAAAGUUCAAGUCGGGCUAUCAGAGAAUUUGGGCAGAGAUCAAGGCAGACGUCAUAUUUUUCUACCACCCGGAGAAACAGGAACAACACACGUUGGGUUACGCACGACUGGACCGGACAACGACUGUGGAAUAUCCCAAGGCCAAGGGGAAGGAGAGAGGUCAACACAAGUUCAUUGUCAAGUCCAACAAGGAGCUGCACAAGUUUCUGGUAAUCGGCGCUCAACUGAGGGACGUUUGGAAAGCUUACAUUUUAACGAUAGCCACGCACGUUGUUCCUGAGGAUCUCAACCUCCUCCCGGGCCAACUGAUCGACGUCCGGCGGACCCUCGAGCAGGAGACGUACCGCCUAGCCAGCCCUCCGCCCCCGGUACCUCCUCACUGCGGCAAGGUGACGAGAUCCGCCUCCUCGUCCUCCGGUUACUCCAGCGGUCAGAGCGGGACCAACAUGAGCGGGAGCGGAGACGACAGCGUCGGCUCUGAGGCCUCCGGCGCACCGCCGCCUUACACACCAGCGCCUGCUGCCGUCGAAAUGCACGCCUACAGGUUUUACCCAGACUACCUGAAGGAAAGGGGACGAGUGAGACCACCGUGGUUCUUUCAUCAGCUGCCACGUGACCAGGUGGAACAGGUGCUGUCGGAGAACAUCAUGAACGGGAACAUGCUGCUCCGGAGUAGUGGGUCCGCUCCGGGAGGGCUUGUACUCUCCGCCAGACUACCAGUGGAAGGGGAGCCGCAAGUCCGACACUACAUCGUGAACAUGACCAACGGCCACUUCGUCCUCGACAUUGACAAGAAGCAUCCUCCGAUCUUGAACGUUUAUGAGCUGAUAAACUACUUUAUCGACCAGAGUGGAGGGAACGUGGUUCCCUUGGAGUCCAGCGAGCUCUCCCAGCUCGCUCUACCGGCAGCUCUGUACGAGGAGGAUAGAGUGAUUAAGGUUGACCAGUGUCCAAACUGGGGUGAAUGGGAGGCCAAGCCUGUACCCAAGUCUGUAGUCAACAUGCUCAAGUACUCAGUACCACCAGAUGAGCUACACAAAGUCCAGGAGAUGUCCAUCCGGAAUCCUCCCAGCAUGCGUCUGCCGGAAGUGGACUACGAUGAAGAACCCACCCCAAUAUACCUUGAAAAUGAUGACGACGAUGUACAUGAUUAUGUCACUCAAAUUGAUGAAGAAGAUGCAGAUCUAGAGAGGGAUGAAUGGGUGGAAGACACUGAAAUGAAGAUACCUCGCCCUAAGGUGUCAUGAGAGUUUUACAACAAUUUAACACAAUCAUGGUAAGGCCCUGUUUCCACUAGACGGCGAUCACUCAGCAACAAAAACUAAGCAAUUGUG